ACCAUGGCGGCAGAGUUUGAGCUCGGGAAAUGCAAGUUGCUGAGAUCAAAUGCCGAUUAUUUGCACCAAGUGAUUCAAAUUUACUACAAAAAUAGCGGAAAUGAACAGUCAGGUGAACUAGUAUGGACUGAUGGAGAAAGAGUGUGGUUGUCAUUAAUGAAAUUUACCCGCAAAUGGGAAGGAGAGGAUUUUUUAGCACAGGAACGCUGUCUAGUUGGAGAAUUCGAAAGUCUUGUUAUAGGAAUAUCAUGCAGUGCGCUGAUCAGAGAUUCUACUGGAUAUUACAUUGCAGUUGUUCUAAAGAAAAAAAUUGUUGUUCUGUGGAGAAAGAUCGGGGAAGCUUUCGUCACCCUGGUGAAAGAUUACUUUGUGGAAUGUUUACCUCGAGGUUCUGAGUGGCAUCCUGAUAUUCCAAUGCUUUCUGUGCUCUCCAAAACAUCGGCGGUAUUAUUAUGUUUUUCGGAAGAACACGAUUGCAAUGUCAUCUCAAUACAAACUUCACACAGAAAUUUACACACCUGUGCUUGGAGUAAGGAUGGAAGAAGUCUUGCUGUAGCAGUAGAGGACAGUUUGAGUAUAUUUUCAUGGAGAGACCCGAGCAAACCUAAUCACUUUACUUGUACACAGUGGAACAGUCUCCAAGUGGUUGGUAAAAUAAAUUGCAUUGUUCCUUGGGAAAGGUCAUCAUUCAUCAUUGCUACAGAACUUCCUCUGGAUAGGCUAUGUUGUAAUAUUGAAAAGGAUGGUGAUCUUUUUGAGACAGAAAAUUUUCAAGAUUUUGAUGGAAACAAAGGCACUGAUUCUAGUGGCACUUCCAUUGCUUCUUCAGAAGAUUUUGAUUUUACCAUUCUUGCUAAAUGUGUUGAUCAAGGUAAAAAUUCAUUGUUACACUUGAAGCUAAAGAAACCACAAUCUGAAGCCUCUGACAGAUUUGCACAAAUCAUUGCUUUAUGUUGUGAAGACGUGAAGCCAAGAGAAGUCUGUAGGACCAGUAUAAAAGGACUUGUUUCUCCUGAUCUGCUGUUGUUUCAGAGUACAACAAAGACAGUUGUGGUUGGAAGCCAUUGCUCAAACAAACUUCAUUUCUACACAUUAAGCACAUCAGACACCACAGAGAAAACUAAUUUGCUGGAAAACAGAAAGUUCCUUACUCUGGAUCCACAUUUAAAACCUAAAGGAAUUUGUUUCCUUCCUGGAUACACCAAUGACAUCCUUGUGUUACUUGGAAAACCCAGAGAAGUAUCAAACAUGGUGGCAUUUCCACCAUCUGCAAUUUAUGAGCAUUAUGAUGUAAGUUUGAAGAGUUUCAGUGCUGUUCUCAAUGAAGGAAACAAGAAGUUGGAGAACAAGUGUGAUAAACAAAAAAGCAGCAAUCAUUAUUUUGAACUUGAAGAGAAAAUUACGAGCAAUGGAAGUACCAAUUGUGAUGUUCCAGUCCCAAACAAUGACUGCUCACUGACAUUGAGGCUUCCUGGUGGAAGUAUUUUUAAUGGACACAGUGAAUCAGUCCAAGACAUGACGACACCCUUAAUAUCAGAGUUGGAACUCAAUGAGGAUAGAAGGUUACCCACAAACUCCAAGGCAACUCUAGAGGAAACCCUAACCAGUUGGUCUAAAGAAAUACAGGAUUUAAAGGCAACAGUAACAACAUUUGAAUCACAGACAAACAAAAGGCUCUCUGCAUUGGAGACAAGGAUAAAGAUAUUUACUUUAGGUCAAAAAGAAGAUUACAGCCAGAAUUUGUAUCCAUUACAAGAAAAAGCAGAAUUCGUUUGUGUAGUUUGGACUGACGAACUAACUGGUGCCGUGGAGCAGGAAAAUUUCCUGCUCGACAAAGGGCGACUGAAGCUGCAGACAAUACAAGAGGCUUUUAAUGCUUCUCUCAUCAGGAUAUAUAUUGGUGAUGUACCUUGUAUUGUUUCCUCUGGAGAAGGUGAUUUCGUCCCAAUACGUUUUAUCAGCGGCUCCACGGUUCAAAUGUGUGGACAUUCUAAACAUCACUCGGCGAACACAUGAACUGAAACUUCUUACCUGAAUUAAUUCCAUAUAAUUGACACGCUGCGGGGAAAUACGAGGGAGUGCCAGGUUUUGUGGUUAGGAAGAGAAGAGAUCAAGACUUAUUUUCCCUUUUUACUCCUUUAACUCCCCUUGCGCCACGCCUUCUCUCAAUAUGGACAGGAAGCAGACUAAAACUACAGGCUAGUCAGCCAUUUUAGCCGGUUACUUUCACCUCAUUAUACCAUAGGUCCUGAUGAAAAAUCGCAAAAAAUUUGAAAAACUAUCGCAGAAAUUUUUUUCAUCCGCCAUUUCCUAAUGUGAGUUGAAUCGAAUGCAUAAUGUUCCAGUAAAAGGUUUAUAUGUGUAUUAUGAUUCCUUGUUCAGAAUUUUCUCGGUGGUGUGCGCAAUUUUCUUGGAAAGCAUGUGGCAUUUUAACUGAGUUGAUCCAGGACUAGCGCGUAAUCUGACAAAAAAGUGGCGUCCACGAUAACUUAGCCACCAACGAGUGCUGUUUGCGGUCCACUGUCAAACUUAUAGACCACCCUGUUCACCAGGCUUGCAUCAUUUAACUUGUGUCUAGAAAUGGGCCAUUCACUAGGUACCAGCAAGGAAAUCUUUCACUGCAAAAUAUUUGUGACAAUUUGAAGUUUAGACUGUAAGGAUAUGGAUGGAGACAGAGGAGACCAGCAAAGAGAAAGGUCCGGUUCGCUAAUGACUAUUUUUUUGUAAUAUACAAUAAGCGGCGAUUGGUGUAUCCAUUUUAAUUUAAUAAAGUGCAAAAGAAUCGCGC